AUGAGAACGGACAGGAGGAUAGUAAGGGGCAGGGACAGCAAGCAGCAGGCAGGAGACACUUAGGGAGUGUGGGGCGCAAAGGCGCAAGAUCGUGGGUGGGCGAACGACAACCUUGUGAGUGUGAUUGGAGGGCAGUUCCCUCCCCCACCUCACCACCUUGUACUCACGGAUCCCCUCUCCUAUUUGUCUCACUUUUCUAUUCUCUGCUGGCUCCAAAUUCCGGAGGACCUUCUGCCUUCUCUUUUUGCAUGUAAGGAAACCAGGGCUGGGAAAAUCUCCCUGACUCACCACAUUUGGAGACCAAUCCCGAACAGCUGGAACGGCGAGCCUCCCGAAGGACCCAGGACCAAGUCGCCACCCUUAACAGCGGUUCCUCACGUGACAGUCACUCAGGAGCCAGGUGCCCAUUUCAUGGAACAAAUGCAGAGAAUCCCGAACCAGCCCCUUCCCACCCCUACCUCCCAGUCCAAGAAGAGAAGAAGGACGCCAUGGCUAUCCUUCUUUUCCAAGGUCUCUUGGAAACUGAGGUUGCAGAAGCGGGAGCCUUUGAAGAAUGUGUUUUUCGUCUUGGCAGAAAGAGCCCGGGAUCCUAAUGCUAAGAAGCGCCAUCUAGCAAUGAGAGGCCUAGGUACCCUGGUCUGUGAAGCUCCUGACAAGGUGAGAAAGUAUAAGAGAGUUAUGCUUGACCUCCUGGUACAUGGGCUAUAUGAUCCCACGAGUUCUGAAGUCAUCCACGAGAGUGUAAAGACUCUGACCAUCAUGCUGAGCAGAAUCCAAGGACAAGGGCUGGGCUCCUUCUUCAUAGACAUCACCCUUCAGACCCGGACCUUACUGGAUGAUGAGGACGAGAGCGUGCGGUAUUCGGCCUUUGUCCUCUUUGGGCAGUUGGCUGCAUCUGCUGGGCGGAAAUGGAAGGCAUUUUUCACUCACCAAGUUAACCAGACCCAAGAAUCCCUCCUGAGCCAUUUGCAGGACGAAAGCCCUCAGGUUGCCAAGGCUUGCGAAAUGACUGUUCGAGCCUGUGUUCCGUAUCUGAAACCCAGAAAGGAGCCUAGUUUCCAAAGUGAAGAAGAUCAGAAGAACCCCAGGCUUUCCCGGCAGCUGAGCCACUGCCAUCCAGAGAUCCUGCUGUUCCUCUAUGCCAAUAAAAUCCUGUGAAGUCCAGAGUGGCCCACGUGAGUGCCCUGGCUGGGCAUGGUGUUUCCUCUGUUCUGUCUCAUAGGAUACCUCUUUGACUCUUAAGCGAUUGUAACAGAAAAGAGGAUGUCAGAAGCCACUGUGGGCAGAAAAAUCACCCAGGAAGUGUAUCUCUGCCCCCAAAGUAAAAUUGUAUGUAAUCACAUGCACACAUAUAUGCACAUGACUGUGGAGGGCACAUAUGUCCCUCAGGCACCAUCCACCUUUCCAUGGAAACGGGAUCUUUCACCUGGCCUGGAACUUUCUGAUUAGACUCGGUCUGACGGCUGGUGAGACAGCACUGGGGCGACUAUCCUCCAGUGAACCCGUUUUGGUUUUUUUUUUUUUUUUAAAUCUGGGUUCUGAGAGCUAAAUUCAUGCCCUUAUACCUACUUGUACUGACUAGGCCAUCUCCCCAGUGCAACAGAAGCACAUUGUUGUCUUUAAGACAUUGAACAUGCCUGAU